GGCGGUGCUUACUGGAUCGGUCCAUUACCACUAAGGCCUAUGGAAGUCUAUUUACUGGUCUGGACCCCAUAGUCAAAUCGUGAGGUGCAUUCGCGCAGUUUGAAUUCCAAGGUAUAGUAACUGUGGUUUAGCAUUAUUUUGAAUAAGAAUACCAUAAUAAUGCACGUGUCAUUAGGCACCUUUGCACAAAGCAGUAAUCUUUUGACCUUUUCUUCACAAAAGCGCCAAACCCUAUAGCCUACCUGAAUUGAAUUGAAUUUGCGAUCCAUGGUCAAUUGAACCAGAUGGCCUCGACAUUUUUUAUUGGGACAGUUUUUAAUUAUUGUAGAUCAAAAUUUAGAUAAAAGCCGGAGCGCCCCCAAUUACCAACAGUAUAGGGCCUACUGAGACGAGCAGUUUGUUUCCUUGCUGUGCGGAGGUGUGCAACCCGUGCUCAAAUGACAGCCUUCGCGUUCGUUACUACAAUGGAUACUAAUUUGGGUAAAGACGGAACGUCUUUUGGUUGGGCGAUAUUUCUCCUCAACAGUGUAGUUUUGUUCGGAAUCCACUUCAUGCAUGAUUUACCCAGCCCACUGCAAGGGGUUUUACAAGCUAGCCCACAAAGCACUAAUGGCUCUGAGGUUGAGCCGUUUGGCAAUGGAAGCGACCUCACCGGGCUUGGCUUCACGCCUUUCCAGUACAACCAGCUCUACGCUAUCUACAGUAUCGGGGAGGGGGUGACGGCUAUUGUAGCGGGAAUCGCAAUCGAUAGAUUUGGUCGAACAGCAAACCUGAUAGCGGCAGGAUUACUGAGCGGACUAGGCGGGUUGGCGUUUGCUUUAGGUCCGUUGUUGAAUUCAAGGCUGACAAUACUCGUAACAAUGCUGGUCGGACGCUUCCUGAUGGCAGUUAGCAACGCAUUCCUGUUUGUCUUACAGGGAGUGGUGAUCUUAUUUUGGUUUGAGGACCGAGUCACGACUGCAUUCGGAGCUGUCUCCUGUGCAAAUGCAGCCGGCGAAGUUUUAAACUUCCUGAUUACGAAGCCACUCUACAAUGCACUGGGCCUCCAGUGGGUGCUGUGGAUUAGUAUGAUCUUGGUCAUAGUGGGAACCAGUCUUCCAGCUACUGCGCUUGGCUACCUUGAUUCGGUGGGGGCCAGUGAUCAAUAUAAGGAGUCAAGGCAAACCAGACAGAACAAGCUAAGUUUCUCCGAUCUGGUUGAGCUUCCGUUGCAGUAUUGGCUGCUGGUAUUCACCCGUGUGUUCUUCAAUAGCAUGAUAUGGGCCCUCAUAGGUGACAUCAGCAAGUUCGUGACUGACAGAUACGGGUAUUCCGAGGCGUCCGUCGUGCCGUCUUACUUUGCUGGUAUAUUCUUCGGUCUCUCGACAGUUGGGUGCUUCUGUGCUGGUAGGCUGAUGGAUUCUAUAGGUUAUCGGCUUGUGAUCACCAGUAUAUCCAUCUUAGGUUCCAUGGCGACACUUAGUCUCCUGGCGUUCACAUUGUUCCCUCCUCACAUCUGCGCAGUAUUCAUUAGUAUAUUCUACUCAUUUGCGGCGGUUAGCGUGAUUGCGUGUAUCACCCUGGUCGUACCCACAUCGACCGUGGGCACAGCCAUAGGCAUCACACUCACCAUAGAAAUGUGCUUCACGGCAGCGUCCAAUGUCGUGAUUGGUCUGAUCCUCGGUCAAACCCACGAGUACCACCUAUCGGAUGCCGUGAUGCAGUUCCGAUGGCAGCUAGUCAUCGUCUACACCAUUGGACUGACAGGUGUGGCAUUUAUUUUCAGUCUAGCGGCGAAUAUCCAUAAUAUGCAAACGGGUGGCGCCCUCAACAAAACACAAUCAGAAGUCACCGCAGAAAGACACAACGAAAACGGCUUUCAAAAGCUUCGACAGGAUGAAGAUGACUGACAAAACUCCGUCAAAGUUUUUCUUCCCAUCAAAUAACUUUGUUUUAUCUUUUUUUUAUGAAAUUAAAAUAUUUCGGUGCUCAUUUUGUAUAAAACUAAUAUAGCUUUAGUAAUUCGUUAAAGUCUUCCAGAGUGAAGUACAAAUUAACAGUUUAGCAUCCUUAAUCCCUUGCGGAAUAAUGAAAUCGGGGACUUCCAACAAACAAAUUACAAAUGUAAAAGCUAACAAAAAUCAAACAACAAGCUCGGUCUUCGGAAAGUAUUGUAAAUGAUUCUUAAACAGUCGGAUGAAUAUUUCAAAGAUACGUUGACUUUUCACGUGUUUGUAUUAAUUCGUUUUUCAUAGCUGAAAAAAAAAGAGAAAAAAUAUCAAGCAUAUGAUUUUUGUUGUUUUCACGCAGUUAUUUUGGCUAAUUGAAACCAAAGAAAAGCGGAAUAAAGAGAUGGUUUUUUCGGUAGUUCUUAGCAAAUAGUGAGAAUGAAUUGAUUUUAGGUAAUAAGUUGUCAUCGCUUGCAUUGGUUUAUAAAGGAGAGUAACUUCUAUGCCACAGUACAGUAUCACGUAUUUGCACCAUCGUCUUCGCUUCCGUCCGCCUCCGGCAUUUUCAGGAUUGAGAUGUGGGUGAGACUAGCGUGGAAACUGAGGCCAGAGGAUACCUCUGAGAUUGGGAAGGGGAUAGGACGGGCGGGAGAAAGUAAAUAACUUACCGGUGAGCUGGCCACGGAAGUCAAAAUAGUUUCUCACCGCCACUCCGCGAUCCGUCGUCUGCUUUCUUCUCAUCCACGUCGCCCGCCUUGCUACACUGGAGACUGAGUAUAGAAUCCUACGCUGCCCUCAACGUCGUCGGUGUUGCAAGUAGAGAUUAGUAUUUGUCUAUCAUAAUAGACCUCUUAACUAAAUAAUUACAUGUAUAUUUUACUCUUGAAAGAGAUUGUUUAUUAGUUUAUGUGUUUGACUAACUUUG